GAAAACUUACACUUCAAUUCUUUCUAAUAUAAUGAUUCCUUUUCCGGCACCUUCAUCCGCGGCGGAGCAGAGCGGGGGAGCGGACAUCUCCGCCUUGCACUCCGACGUAAUGGCCGCGCAUAUCGUGACUCGUUUAGAUGGCCCCACACUCGCAUCGAUCACCUCCGCUUCUCACGAUCUUCGCCGCCUCUGCUCCAAUCAAUCUCACCGCCUGUGGCUCGACAUUUGCCACUCCACUUGGCCGUCCACCGCCGCCCCUCGCGUUACCGACGUGAUCUCCACUUUCCCCGACGGCGGCCCCCGCGCCUUCUUCGCACACUCCUUCCCGCUUCCGGCGUCGGCGCCGCCCUUGUCCUCCCCGUCGUCGCUUCCUAAGGAGUUAAUCUCCGCCGUGGAUAUACGCUACAAGGAUGAGCUUAUAUUCAGCAAAGUCCAUGAGAUGGAAACUUCGAGCUCGGGGUUCGAACACUCGCCAUUCAUGGUGGACCUUGUUGACCCGAAAGAUGGGAUCUUCACGCAGAUUACGCAACCCGAUGAAAAUGCCAUGUGUGCUUCUUUCACCAAAGAUGUGACCUUGAGUUGGAUAUUGAUCGACCCUAACAACCAGCAAGUUGUGAACUUGUCUUCUUAUAAGCCGGUCUCUGUGCACCGCCAAUGGCUGGGCGGGGAUGUGCGGGUGACAUUUGCAUCAAUCUUGCUCACAGAUCACCGUCAUGUGGGUCCCGCUCAAUGCGGGAUUGUGGUCACUUUUGACGCAUCGAACAACACUGAGACACUACAUGUGUGGGAAGUGAGCAUACAAAUGGAGGACAUAGAUGGAAAUCUUCUGAAUGGGAAGGAUAGCCUCUUGAUUUUGCAAAUGGCUUUGGAGGGCAAAAGGACCCAAAAAAAAAAGAAACGGAAGAAAAGAAGUGCCGAUCGAAGACACCAGAAACGUCAAGAAAACGUCAAGAAAGGACCGGACGCCGAGCCGAGUCACCGCCUCCACCGCCGGACGCCGACGCCGAGUCGCCGACCUGCACGCCUCCACCCUCCAGGUUGAUGAAUCCUCAGGACCGGCCCUGCCUACCACCCUCAUCCACCCCACCCUGCCACCCCACUCCUCACCUUAUACCCUCCCCGUGUUCAUACCCAUCUUGCCCGUCCACAUGUUCCGGUUAUUUUUUUGUUUCCAAAAGAUUAACUCAACAUUGUUAUUUUUUCGAUACCAAAAAUUUUGUAAUCGAUCCGUAUUUAAAAGGUUCCAGUUUGACUUGACACGAGUUUUAAUAGUGAAUUACUCCGGUAUGAUAUUUGGGAGAAGUGAGCACUUCACUUUUUUUUUUCUACUGCAUUUUGCUUAUUUUUUUCCUAUUAAAACUCCUCCCUCUGGAAAAAGGCAGUCUUUUUUUUUAGAACAACCAGAGAAUCUCAUAUCGAUUUUCAUUCGACUCCGUCGUCUUCAACAGUUCUCCGACCUUCCCCGUCUAUUCCAGGUACUCAGAUUCUGUAUUUUUUGCUCCUCCUAAUGUAGACGACUAUCUCUGGUUUUGCAUUCCGGUAAGGGAAAAUUUCCUUGUUAUUUCAUGUUGGGGGAAAUAUCUUGGUUGCAAAUGCUUAAAAAUGUCUUAGGGUGCCAUUUGGCUUUGAACCUUCCAUUAUAAAAAUGUCUUUGGUUGCAAUGACUGAUAAAAGUGUUGUGGAUUUUUCAAUUCUGUCAUGAAUUCUUCUUCUGCCUCACACACACUUUGUGGAGUAAUACGGGUAUCUAACCCAAAACUAGUCCAAAACUAUUGGAACCAAUACGGUGUCGGACAAUUGAAUUCUUUUACAUACAAACUAAGCAUUUGUUCUUUCAUAAUUCUUCUCAUUUGUAGAAAAAUUCAGUUAUCUAACACCAUAUUGGUCCCAACUUCCAAGAAUUGUUAAAAAUAUCACUUCACAGUGUCCAU